AUGAAGCUUACAUUUAAGGAUUUGAAGCAACAGAAGUUUACUAUUGAUAAUGUUGAUCCUAGAUGCACUAUAUUGCAAGUUAAGGAAAUGAUUCAAGAGGUUCAAGGUCAUGAUUUGAAGCAUCAAAAGCUUAUUUACUCAGGGAAAAUAUUAUUAGACAGUAAUACGGUCGAAAGUUAUGAUAUUAAAGAAAAAGACUUUAUCGUUUGUAUGGUUCAGAAGCCUAAACAAGUUCCGAGUGCCAGUAUUGUUGCUGAAUCAACUGUUUCUACGAAUCAAUCUGAUCCAAAAGCUUCUGCACCAGAGACAUCUUUACCAUCUGUUCCUGGUACCUCGGUUUCCUCUUCUUCUGAGACUUUUAAUGAUCCUAAUUCUCUUGUGGUUGGGCUGUUGUGUGAUACUGCUAUAAAAAAUAUGAUGGAAAUGGGAUAUGAACGUACACAAGUAGAGAACGCAAUGCGGGCUGCAUUUAAUAAUCCUGAUAGAGCAGUAGAAUAUCUUUUGACUGGCAUUCCUGAGCAUCUGUCUCGAGAGCUGUUGCAGCAAUCGUCUUCUUCCCAGCAAGUGUCUCGGGCUCAGCAAAUUGUUCAAUCUACGCCUACGUCUACUCCUACGUCUACUCCUAGUCGGUCGGAAAAUUUGUUUGAAUUAGCUGCCCAGGUCUCUCAGCAGGGGAGGGAACGCUUAAACACUAGUUCUGGGAAUUCACUGAUGGGUUCUAACAAUGCAGAAAGCUUAGCAUUCUUACGUAAUAACCCUCAGUUCCUGAUGUUACGGCGUCUUGUUCAAACUCAGCCUCAGAUGCUUGAAUCUGUAUUGCAGCAGUUGGGACAGGGAAAUUUGCAAUUGGCUACGCUUAUAAAUCAAAAUUCAGACGCAUUUCUCCAGUUACUUUCUGAAGGAAUGGAAGGGGAUGGAACAGCUGCAAUGCCUAAUAUAGUUCAGCUUCAGUUGACAGAAGAAGAACGACAAGCCAUUGAGAGGCUUGAGGCAUUAGGAUUUUCUCAUGGAGUAGUCGUUCAGGCUUAUUUUGCUUGUGAUAAAAAUGAAGAAAUGGCAGCAAAUUAUUUGUUUGAACAUGGUAAUGAAUCAGAUGAAGAAAUGUCUUAA